AUGUCACAGAGGGGACCCAGAGGGACACCAGCAAUGCCAGGAGUGGGAUGCACUCAUGUUAAGGCCAAAUCUCGGGGGCUACCAGGCAUUGGCAAGAAGAAGAACUGCUUGAGUAGAACAAGGCAGGAUCUGUGGGAAGAGACAAGCUGGAGCAACCAGAAGUGGAGCAGAGCUGCCCUUAGCCCUCGGAGAUCCAAGGCUAGGAGUCUGGCUUGUGGCAAGAGUGAGGCCAGCCCUGAGAAUGCUGCACGGGAGCGGAGCCGGGUGAAGACCCUGCGCCAGGCCUUCCUGGCUCUGCAGGCAGCUCUGCCUGCCGUGCCACCCGACACCAAGCUCUCCAAAUUGGAUGUGCUGGUGCUGGCCACCAGCUACAUAGCCCACCUCACCCGCACUCUCGGCCAUGAGUUGCCUGGUCCUGCCUGGUCACCCUUUCUGCGUGGACUCCGAUACUUGCACCCUCUCAAGAAAUGGCCGAUGCGCUCUCGUCUCUAUGCUGGAGGCCUGGGGUACUCAGACCUUGACUCCACCACAGUUACCACCUCGGGCCAAAGAAAAAGGGAUGCAGAGGUUGAGCCCCAAGUCUCUGGGGAGACAGAUGUUCUGCUUACCAUCAGUCCACUCUCUCCAGCUCUUGGUGGCAAAUGACCAUACACUUACCUUUCUCUCCCAGACUCCAACUCCAACUCAGGAACCUGGAUUUUCUACCAGACCCUA